AUGCAAAUCAUCAGCUAUAUUCUCACCCGGAUAACGCUGACCGUUCAGGUAUGGUUUUCCAGGGUUAUUCAAUUCGUUGAAUCCUUCCUGUCGGUUGAGCACCCUGUCAAGAAGAGAAAUAACUCGUUUUUGUUCCCUAAACUAUGUCAGCUGAACCCAAAGCUCGACGAUACUGCCAAAACAGAUCUCAAGCAAUGUGCUCUCGAUUCCAACAACUCACACUUGGUGCCGUUUACUAACGGAAAGGGCGAAAUUGAAUGGACUUUGCUGGAUCAAUCCAAAUACCAGCAGUACUUUCCUUCUCCUGUCUCUGAGAACUCUCCAAGCAGUGUUAACGGUGCCAGCAAUAGCAGCAUUGUUGCUUAUAAUAGUCAUGGAGUUCCACACAGCAAUUGCUACGAAGCAAGUUCAGCAGAUGAGUCCGUCCUGACGUACCUAGACUCCAACUCCAUCAGCCCGGUUUCUUCCAACUCCGAGUCGGAGUACUCAUCGUUCAAAAUGCUUCAGACAUCCUCUGACAAGAAGUUUCAGUGUCCCUACUGUGAGACACGGUUCAAGAUCCGCGGGUAUUUGACGCGUCACAUCAAGAAGCACUGGACGGAUAAGGCGUUUGGGUGUCCGUUCUACGAUGCGGAUGCCGCACACAAGUGUCAUGCCACUGGUGGUUUCUCGAGAAGAGACACGUAUAAGACGCAUCUCAAGUCGCGUCAUUUCAAGUAUCCUCCAGGCACUCGCAGUAGUGGCCGUGUUGGUCAGAUGGGCUGGUGUGGCCUGUGUGGCGAGCAUUUCCAGAACAAUGAGAUCUGGGUGGAGAUGCACAUCGAAGAGGGUGCGUGUCCGAAGUUGCCAGUUGAUUUUGUAUCGAAAUUGAGGAAGGGUAAGAGAAAGACAGGCAAGCAUUCACCUCUUUUGGAUGUUUUGCAGAGGGACGCUUGUAGCAAGGACGAGGACGAAGUGGUGCAGGAAAUUGAGGAGUUUUCCAAAGUAAAGCACGAAGAUAUCGAACAGCUUGCUGAGGUCAAGCAAGAAGAGGCCAAGCAAGAGGAAGUCCAGUUGUUUUCCAAGGUGAAGAGUGAGGAGGUCAAGCAGUUUACCCAGGUGAAGCAAGAAGAGGCCCAGCACGAGUGGUACCCUCUCCCAGAACUCCAAGAACCACAAACUCAUAUUCAAGAGGUUCACGUGAAACAGCAGUCACCUUUGCAGAGAGGAGAGGAAGAAGAUUACGAGUCAUUGGAUAAUGAGAACAAUCCAUUCUUGUAUCUUCAAAUUGCCCCACAACAGUCUCAGGAUUUCCAUCAGGACCAUGCUCAAUCACAACAACAGUACCGGUACCAAUACCAGCAGCAGCAGCAACAACAACAACAACAACAACAACAACAACAACAACAACAACAACAACAAUCACAACAACCACAACAACCACAACAACCACAGCUACCCGUAUUUGGAUACUAUACUUCCAACAGUCCUUUCAUGGUUCCAGCCGAGCAGAUUCCGUUCCAGCAGAUGCCUCAAUUUGCACCUCUGGUGAAUCAAGACUAUGGCAUCUACUAG